CGCGUAACCACAAAUAGUUCCUGACCAGCGUUUAGCGUGGAAAACUUCACCGAAAAGAUGACCGGCCAAGAACAGGAGCCGGACACGGCCCGAACCUUUAAGGACAUGAUGAGGGUCCCAGUUCAGUUUUACCGGACCAUUGGCGAGGACAUCUACGCCCAUCGGUCGACCAGUCCGUGGAGAUCGCUGCUGCUCAAGGUCUACCUGUACGGGGGCUUCAUCAACUUCAAUCUGCUGUUGAUCGGGGAGCUGGUGUUCUUCUACAAGUCCAUACAGGACUUCGAGACCGUCCGCCUGGCCAUUGCCGUGGCUCCGUGCAUCGGCUUCUCCCUGGUGUCCGACUUCAAGCAGUUCGCGAUGGCCUACUACAAGGGCACCCUGGUCCGGCUGCUCGACGAGCUGGAGGAGAUGCACCCGAAGACCCUCGAGCGGCAGCGCGCCUACCGGAUGCCCGACUUUGAGCGCACCAUGAAGCGGGUGAUCAGCAUCUUCACGUUCCUGUGCCUGGCCUACACCACCACCUUCUCGUUCUACCCGGCCCUCAAGGCCUCCGUGAAGUUCAACCUGCUCGGCUACGAGACCUUCGACCGCAACUUCGGCUUCCUCAUCUGGUUCCCCUUCGACGCGACCAGCAGCAAUCUGGUCUACUGGAUCGUCUACUGGGACAUUGCCCACGGGGCGUACCUGGCCGGCAUCGCCUUCCUCUGCGCCGAUCUGCUGCUGAUCGUGGUCAUCACCCAGAUCUGCAUGCACUUCGACUACGUCUCCAGGCGGCUGGAGGAGCACCCCUGCGAGCCGGGCAGGGACAGGGAGAACAUCGAGUUCCUCGUCUGGAUCGUCCGCUACCACAACAAGUGCCUCACCCUCUGCGAGCACGUGAACAAUCUGUACAGCUUCUCGCUGCUGCUCAACUUCCUGAUGGCCUCCAUGCAGAUCUGCUUCAUUGCCUUUCAGGUCACCGAGUCCACCGUCGAGGUGAUCAUCAUCUACUGCAUAUUCCUGAUGACCUCGAUGGUGCAGGUGUUUCUGGUCUGCUACUACGGCGACACCUUGAUCGCAACGAGCCUGCGAGUGGGCGACGCUGCCUACAAUCAGAGGUGGUUUCAGUGCAGCAAAACCUACUGCCAAAUGCUCAAGAUGCUGAUCAUGCGCAGCCAGAGGCCGGCCUCGAUCAGGCCGCCCACAUUCCCCCCCAUCUCACUGGUCACCUACAUGAAGGUCAUCAGCAUGUCGUAUCAGUUCUUUGCCCUCUUGAGGACCACCUACAAUGCCAAUUGAAGGGCGGCGCCCUGCCGGCGCCCUGCCGGAGCCCUGGAGCCCCCACCUGCCCUUCGUCAAUC